AUGAACGCCGUCGCCGAGGAUGCCGUGGCAUCUAGUACCAAUAUUCAUCAGAUUCAGGAGGGUGACCUCGUUAGGGUCGGGCCGAAUGGCGACCAUGGCAUGGUGGCCCAUCUCCCGGAGCUAUACUACACCGGCCAACCUCUUCUCCCAGCUGCCACGUUCAGGAUUUUCCGUGUCGACGGCACAAUGGAGACCGCAGAGGCACGCGACAUCACCAUCAUAGACAGGGGCUACUUCCGCAGUGGCCAAUUCGUCGUGUCGGCGUCAGAUAUUCAUGGUCGGGUCGGCGUCGUCACGGAAUCCAACACCACGCUCGACCUCGUGAAGGUCGUCAGCCACGGGGAGCCACCGGUCAUGGCGAUGAGCGGGGUGGCGCCGGGAUGCCUGCGGCGCGUCCGAGAGCUCUGCCUCGGCGACUUCGUCGUGUCCGGCCCAUGGCUCGUCCAGGAGUCCGCUCCUCCGGCCUACCAGGAUCCUGCCGAUUUGACCUUCUUCUGCUCCGCCUACGAUUGCUACUGGGGCGUUGGGGAUCGCUGCUUCCUUCUUCGAGACACACAAGAAGAAGCACCGAAAAAGGAGAACACGAUGCACCAACGGAAGCAGCCGACCCGGAAGCUCCUCCAGCUGGAUGGGCGUAGGCGGACGCGGCAGAGGCAGCCGGUGGAGGUCGAGCAACCCAUGAGCGUCGCCAGCACCCGCACCACCGUCGACGUGCUCUGGCAGGACGGCACGAGCCAGAGUGGGGUGCCGUCCACUGCUCUUCUCCCCUACCAGAUGACGAGCGAGCACGAGUUCUUCCCGGGCUUCUACGUUGUCGACGGCGUGGCGCCCGCAGCUGAUGCUGUAGCCGUCGUAGACGAUGCUACUGAACAGACGACUGAGAAGAAGCGCGUCGGCGUUGUCCGAUGCGUGAAUUCCGAGGACCAAACAGUAGGUGUGUCGUGGUUGACAGAGGCCACAGAGAUCGACACCCUGAGCGCCUACGACUUGGCAUUGCAACCAGGUCCCCAUGUUUUCUACGGACGUGUCGUCGUACGCCGGCCGCCAUCGGGAUGUCCUCCUGACGAUGCCGCUGCUACCGAUCUUUCAUGGGUCGGCCAUGUUGUUGACCUCGUUGACGGCCGUGUCCAAGUUAAGUGGGCCGACAACACUGUGUCAUUGGUGUUGCCCCAUGAGAUUAGUAUCGUCACUGAGCAGUACUUCUGGGAACUAGAGGCUGAAAUGGGCGGUGUCGGCGAUGACUGGGUGGAGGUUAACAGCGUCGACGAUGAGUGCGAAGACGAGGAUUCAGCAAAUAGUGCGUACAAUGAACUGCAAAACCCACCUGAACGUAUCAAUGUCCAGGGUGACAUUGAUUCAGCGACUGAGGAGGACGACGAUUCGGUGGAUGAAGAUGACAGUGCAGCAACAAAAGCAAGCCGGAAGGGUGCUAUCAUCGAGUAUAUGUCCCAACUGGGACACCAAGUGUUGGCUCAAACCAUGAGAUAUUUUGGCAACAGGUUGUUGUUGUCGUCACUGGGCUCGGAAUUAGCUGGAGCGACGGCCAACGAGGGAGCAAAUGUGGCUGUAACCGAUGGUCAUCACAGUACAAGCAAUCAUGAUGUGAUUCACGCCAUGGCGGCUGCACUAACCAGCAGCGACACAUGUACAAAUGAUGACGACUGUGCCGAGAGGGGCAAAAAUAUUGAACAAGCCACCGGUGAUGAAGAUCAGUUUCGCUUCCCAUAUUUUGAUGUUACACAUAGUCCUCUUGAUCACCAUUACAUCGACAAUGCGGGGCAGGGCACUAGUGGUGGAAAGAGGUGGGUGAAGGCGGUGCAAAAAGAAUGGAAAAUACUGGAGAACAACAACUUGCCAGACACCAUAUAUGUGCGCGUGUUCGAGGACCGCAUGGACCUGCUCAGGGCCGUGAUAGUUGGUGCGAGCGGGACACCCUACCACGACGGGCUCUUCUUCUUCGACCUGCACCUGCCGCCAUCCUAUCCUGAUAUGCCUCCGAUGGUGUACUACCACUCAUUCGGUCUUCGCCUCAACCCCAACCUCUACAACUCUGGCACAGUGUGCCUCAGCCUUCUCAACACCUUUGGUGGAGAGGCAUCUGAAGUCUGGUCACCAUCUACAUCAAGUCUCCUACAGGCCGUCGUCUCUAUACAGGGUCUUAUACUCAACGACCAACCAUACUACAAUGAGGUCGGUUAUCAGGCCCCAGUUGACAAGCCAGAGGGAUGCCGCAACGCACUGCCAUACAAUGAAAAUGCUUACUUGCUCACCCUUUGGACGAUGCUCCACUUGUUCUGCCGACCGCCAUGUGGAUUUGAGGGAUUCAUUAAGGAUCACUUCUGCCGCCGAGGGAGGUUCAUUCUUCGAGCAUGUGAGGCAUACCUCAGAGGGUGUGUAGUUGGCAUGCUCGAUGGUGAUGCAUGCGCCACCAAGGGAAGCAAGGACGAUAGAUCAUGCUCAGCCGGGUUAAGACUGGCGCUUUCCAACAUGCUGCCGAAGCUCGUGGCAGCACUAGCAGAGAUUGGCGCCGAGGGGUGUGAGUGUGACCAGUUCCACGAGCUGCAUGACCUUCUUAUCGGCGGCGAUCGAGUGCAACGUUGCUCACUAAAUUAUCAAGUGCACUAG